CUGUUCUGUUCUGUCCUGUCGAAGAAAAAAAAACCCGAGAGAGACAAAGCAAAGGGAGAUAUUUUUUUUCUUAAAGAGAGGGGGAUAGAGUGCUCAUAGCAUUAAAUAGCUUGCCAAAAAACACACAGAUAUUGCAGUGUUAGCAGCUAAGGCUAAAUAGAGCAUUCAAGAUUUAGGGUUUUCUCUUUUUGUUAUGUUUGUUUCUUUGCUAUUUAAGCCUAUAAGAAUCACUAGACAGCAAAUUUCACCUCCUCCUGGUCUUGUUGCUCAACCAUUCCUUUCCUUUGCAUUGCAGAAUUAGAGAUGAGUAAUACCAAGGAAAAUGAGGACGGAUCAGCUCAUCAGGCGCCUAGUACUUUAGAGACAGAGCAACUAAUUAACGCACAGGUUCCUGUUGAAAAAGCUGAUAAUUCUUCUCCUCCUCCUAACCCUGACACUGUGGAAGCUGAUGUGCCAGACCCUGUGGAUAAUGGGAAUCCUUCACCUCAGGCUGAGGCAGUUGCUGAUAGGAGCACUGGGGAGUUGAAUUCCAUCCCACAGCAACCCCAUCAAGAUUCUGCUCCCCUAUCUCCAUCAGAUGAUGAAAAAAGUUUAGUCACACCUGAAAUUGAAUCCGUGGAAGAUGUCAAAGCCAAUGGAAAUAGUGAUUUGAAACCUGAAACAUGUGCUGGCAAUGGAAUUGCUAUUUCAAGUAGUCAUAUUGAAACUGCUAAACCCACUGUAGAUACUGAAAACAAACCCUCAGACAUAUCACAGGAUACAUCUGGUGGUGAUCCUGGGGCAGUUCCUAAAGAGAGUAAUGAACCUGCUGCACCUCAGGCAGGAUCUUCAGACGUUGAAGAUAAAGUUGAUGACAAGAGAGAAUCAGAUGAUAUAGAUACAUCACCAAAAACUAAUGGAAAAUUAACACCAAGGCGUUCGUUUCUUUUGGAUGAAAACAUUGGUGGUAGUGUAACAGGGACAGAAGACGAACAAAAGGAUUUUCUUAGCGAGCUUCAUAGUUUCUUUAGUGAGAAUGGCAUGGAGUUCAAACCUCCCAAGUUCUACGGAGAUCUCUUAAACUGUCUUAAGCUAUGGAGAUCUGUGAUGAGAUUGGGUGGCUAUGACAAGGUGACCUCAUGUAAGCUGUGGAGGCAAGUAGGAGAGUCCUUUAACCCCCCAAAGACAUGCACUACAGUUUCAUGGACAUUUCGAGGGUUUUAUGAGAAGGUACUCCUUGAUUAUGAAAGACACGUAACAAAUGCUGAUGCUGGUGAGCUUAGCAUCCCCAUUGCUUCCAAGUCUGAGCCCAAGCUGCCGAAACCACCAAAGCUGCCCAAGUCAGAGCCUAAGCAUGUUGACAAUAAGGCAUCAGGAUCGGGUAGAACUCGUAGGGAUGCUGCAGCACGUGCAAUGCAGGGUUGGCACUCACUCCGUUUUCUUGGUAACGGAGAAGUUAGUAGCCCUAUCGUUAAGGACAAGAAUACUAUACCAUUGCAAAAGCGUGAAAAGGAGCUAAAAAACCUUGGUUUACUGAAACGUAAGAAACCAUCGUAUGUGGAACAUGCUGUCAAAUCUCCACGCUCCAAAAGUGCACGAUUGGAUGUGGAGGUGACUGAUGUUGGAACCCCAGCUGAUUGGGUGAAGAUCAAUGUACAGAAAACAGAAGAUAGUUUCGAGGUGUAUGCUUUAGUUCCAGGUCUCCUCCGUGAAGAGGUACGGGUUCAAUCAGAUCCAGCGGGGCGCGUGGUAAUCAGUGGUGAACCAGAGCACGAGGAUAAUCCUUGGGGUGUCGCACCAUUCAAAAAGGUUGUCAGCUUACCCUCGAGGAUUGAUCCGCAUCAGACAACAGCAGUGGUCACCCUGCAUGGACAAUUGUACGUCCGUGUCCCAUUUGGGCAGCCGGACUAAGCAGUUGAAAAAUGUCGUCCAUGGCUGUUAAUGACUCCCAGUCAGGGAAGUGAAUUGUUGGAACUGAAUGGAUUUCAGUCAUGGUUGUGAUUGUCUUUUAUUAGAUUAGCAGAACCUAACUGUGUUAAUGCUAUCAAGGUAGGAGGCUUGUCUUUUAAUUCAACUCGAGUUCUCAACGGCACUUGUUACAUGUCUAGCCUCGGUUUUAUCCAAAUUAAACCUGCAUAUUUUCACAA